GAACUGUCCGGUUGAAGCCACUCCGACAAGUCGCCGCGCCGCCGCCGUGCAGCCCAAGACCUGCCAUGAACGAAGUGAACCGAUUCAUCGUGGAAGCGCGGGAGUCAUGCGUUAAGCAAGCGAUUGUAUCGUCUGUCAUGGGCGCCACAAUGGGCGUCGGCUUGGGUGUGUUUCUCGGCACGUUCGAAGGAGCGCAUGGGGAGUUGGUCGGCAACACGAUGCGGGAACAACUCUACCACGGGUUUCGCAAGUCCUUCAUCGCUGGCUACGAUCGCAGCAUCUACUUCUCCAAGCAAUUCAUGGUGGUUGGAGCCAUCUACUCUGGUAUUGAAUGCACGAUUGAGCGCGAGCGUGCCGUCCACGACGUGUACAACACUGUCUCUGCCGGGGCGACUACCGGUGCCCUACUCAGCGGAUGGGCUGCCAAGCAGCUUCCUGCAAAGGAGUUCAUCAAGCACACAACCAAGGGAGCGGCAACAUUUGCGGCCUUUGCGGCUGUAAUGGAGUUUUGCUUGGAACGUUUUCGGGAGUAAUGACAUAUUGUGUGUGGAACGUGAA